UACAGCCCUCACUGGUGAGUCGCUGAGUGCUUGGGUACUUGUUACACCACCGAUACAAGACUUCUCUUCGGUACGGCAUAGUUGGUAAAUUCAGGGGAUGAUGAAUUGUUACUAGUUGCACAAUGGCAUAAAUGGGAUCCUUGGAAUUUUUUCUUGCCUCCUUUUUACCGAAAUAGCCUUUAGAUUCAUUACAUUAUUCUCUCAAAUCUCAGUUCCUGUAAAAACAGGAAAUAUGAAGAAAAUUGCCGUUGAUUGGACGCAACUCCCGCGAGAACUCCUGGAACCAAUCUCGAAGAAACUCACCGUUUACAGAGAUUAUGUUCGAUGCCGAGCCGUAUGUCUCAUGUGGCGUCGAUCAAUUCCAAGGGUCCCGCACCACCUCCCUACACAACUCCCAUGGCUCAUACUUCCGCGUUCCAGAUCCCAACCACGAUGCCAGCUCCGCUUUUACGACCUUUCUACCGAUAAGACUCACCAUUUCGAGCUCCCAGAAGCUUCAAAUUCUGAGCUUCGCAUCUGCUCCUCCAAUGGCUGGCUCGUCAUCCUCGAAGAUUCGCCAGUCAUCACUCUUCUCAACCCUCUCACUCGGGCCAAAUUCUACCUCCCUCCCCUUACCUCCUUCCCCAACGUUCUGAGCUUCGACUACUCCAAAUGUAAUGAGUACGUGAUCGAAGACGUGUCUCGUGAUGUCUUUUCUACCUACUGGCAAAGUUUGAGGGAAAUGCGCGACGAGUUUAUCAAGAAAAUUGUUCUCUCCUCGUACCCACUGAACAACAAUUUUGUUGCGCUUGCGAUUCUCAAUGAUGUCGGUUUGUUGGCAUACUAUAAGAAUGGCGAUCUAUCUUGGAAAUUCUUGCCUGCGGUUGACAUUUUAUUUUGUGAUGCUACAUAUUACAAGGGACAAUUUUAUGCUGUGGGCGAUGACGGAACACUCGCGGUUUGUGAUAUAAACGGCGAGUCAUCGACUGUUUCGGAUAAUAUCAGUCCACGGGCAAAAGAUUUUGAAUGCCAUAAGGUAUAUUUGGUGAAUUCAGAGGACAAGGAGUUGUUAAUGGUUGUACGCCAUUUGAAUGAUAAUUUUGAUGGUAGUUAUGAAACGUUGCGGUUUGAUGUUUUCAAACUGAAUUGGAGUGAGCCCAGUUGGGAAAGAGUCGAGAAUUUGGGUGACCGGUUGUUAUUCAUUGGUGGAAAUUCAUCUGUGGCGUUGUCUGGUUAUGAUGUUCGAAGCUGUUUACAGAAUCUCCGUUAUUUGUCUCCGUGUGAUGAUUAUGGACAAUGUUUAGGGAAUUGUAUUUAUUUCACGGAUGAUCUUUGUCAAUGCCACUGUACUGCUAACGAAUUCAGUUGCUAUGAUGUGGGUGAUAGAGGCAUCUUCAAGUUAUGGGAUGAAAGCAUUAUCCCGUUACCAUGUCGCGAAGAAGGUUCAUAUGCACCUUGGAUUGCACUUAGUCCAUGCUAAAGUUGAAUCCUGUCGCUUAGA